CUUCUUUUUUUCUUCAGUCUUGGUGUUUUCAGAAACAGCUCAACUCUGAAAACCCCAUCAUCAAACAGACCAGCUACUGCUUCUUCUGAAAAGGUCAUUGUUUGAAACUACAGUGAACCAGCAUAAUGACAAACAAAGCUUCAACAUGGGAGGCUUGUGUACUAAUGAUCAUUCUUCUCUGCUUUAUACAACAACCAGUAGUCACAACUGGCUAUUUGGUCAAUGACAUGGAGUUACUGAAGGUCCUACGAAAUUCUCUUGUCCUGAAAAGGGAUGUUAUUCCCAGUUGGUUUGAUACAAAGACUACUCCAUGCAAUUGGACCGGCAUAAAGUGUGAAGGUGAGCGUGUCAUCCAGAUUGACUUUCCAUGUACAGGAUCACCGCUAAAUGUACCAUUUCCUGGAAAUAUUGGAAAAUUUAGGUCCCUCAAGCACCUGAACCUCAGCCAUUGUGCCCUCACUGGUACUAUACCUACAGAUGUUUGGAGUCUGGAGAAAAUGGAGACACUAGACUUGACUGACAACAGGUUAACUGGCGAGCUGCCUCCAACUAUAUCUAACCUGAGAAACCUGAGAUAUCUUGUACUCGACGAUAAUGGUUUCUCAGGCAGUUUACCAUUAACAAUUUGUGAGCUAAAGGAGCUCAGGGAACUAUCAGUUCAUGCAAACUCUUUUACUGGCAAUCUUCCUGGUGAGAUUGGAAACAUGGAGAAGUUGCAGUCUCUUGAUUUCAGUUCAAAUUUCUUCUCUGGUAAUCUACCUUCCAGCCUAAGUAAUUUGAUGGAGCUUCUAUUUGUUGAUGCCAGUCAAAACAACUUGACUGGAUUGAUAUUUCCAGAAAUUGGAAAACUAGGGAUGCUUAGAAUUCUCUCUCUCUCAUCCAACAUGUUGUCUGGACCUAUUCCUGCAACAAUUGGCCAUCUGAAGCAGCUGCAGGUACUUGAUCUCCAAAACUGCAAAUUCACUGGAAGUAUUCCUGAAGAGAUUUCUGAAUUGGGUAAUUUGAAUUACUUGAAUGUAGCACAGAAUGAAUUCGAUGGAGAGCUUCCCUCAAGCAUUGGAAAGCUAGAAAAUUUGCUUUACCUUAUUGCUUCAAAUGCCGGAUUGUCUGGAACAAUCCCUUCAGAGUUAGGGAACUGCAAAAGGCUCAAAUCAAUAAAUUUGUCCUUUAACUCAUUUUCAGGGGCAUUACCUGAUGAACUUUCUGGGUUGGAUUCACUUAAAUCACUUGUGCUUGAUUCAAACCGCUUAUCAGGCCCCCUGCCUAUGUGGAUUUCCAACUGGACGCAAGUAGAGUCAAUAAUGGUGUCAAAGAAUUUCCUAAGUGGACCUCUCCCACCACUUUAUCUCCCUUUGCUAUCUGUUCUUGAUGUCAGUGCUAACAGUCUAUCUGGUGAGUUGUCUUCAGAGAUAUGUGGUGCCAAAUCAUUGAGCGUGCUGGUGUUGUCGGAUAACAACUUCACUGGUGACAUCCAAAGUACUUUCACGAAUUGUUCAAGCCUCACAGACUUGGUGUUGUCUGGAAACAAUCUCUCAGGUAAACUGCCUUCUUAUCUAGGGGAGCUUCAGCUCAUUACUCUUGAGCUAUCGAAAAAUCUAUUCUCUGGGAUGGUACCAUAUCAACUAUGGGAGUCAAAAACAUUAAUGGGGAUCUCACUCGGCAACAAUAUGCUUGAAGGUCCAAUUCCAGCGACUAUUGCAAAACUUUCAACCCUCCAGAGAUUGCAACUUGAUAAUAAUCAGUUUGAAGGAAGCAUACCGCGUACCAUUGGUAACUUGAAGAACCUGACCAAUCUCUCUCUUCAUGGUAACAAGUUAACUGGAGGUAUUCCAUUGGAGCUUUUUGAAUGUACGAAGUUGGUAUCUCUUGAUCUUGGUGCAAACAGUCUUUCAGGUGAAAUUCCAAGAUCAAUAGCUAAGCUGAAAUUGCUAGACAAUUUGGUUCUGUCUAACAAUCAGUUUUCUGGCCCUAUACCUGAGGAAAUUUGUUCUGGGUUCCAGAAUAUGCCUUUACCAGACUCUGAGUUCACCCAGCAUUAUGGCAUGCUCGAUUUGUCCAACAAUGAACUAGCUGGGUCCAUCCCACACUCAAUUAAGGAUUGCAUAGUUGUGACAGAACUACUUCUACAGGGAAAUAAGCUCACGGGAAGUAUUCCUCCUGAAAUUUCUCAGCUCGGUAAUUUAACAAUGCUUGAUCUAUCUUUCAAUUCCUUGACAGGUCCAGUGUUUCCUCAGUUGUUUCCAAUGUCAAGCCUCCAAGGUCUCAUACUUUCUCAUAACCAGAUAAGUGGAUCUAUUCCUGAUAAUCUAGACUCUAUGAUGCCAAGCUUAGUCAAGCUAGACCUUUCAAGUAACUGGUUGAGUGGCUCAUUGCCGCCUUCUGCAUUUAGGCUCAAAAGUUUGACUUACCUGGACAUCAGCAUGAAUUCUUUCUCAGGCUCGCUGUCUUUUAACGUUGGAAUCUCCAGCUCUUUGUUGGUCUUAAAUGCUAGCAACAACCAACUCUCUGGUGCUCUUGAUGAUUCUCUCUCUAAUCUGACAUCCUUGUCCAAGCUAGAUCUCCAUAACAACUCAAUCACAGACAACUUGCCACCAUCACUUUCAGCUCUUGCUUCCCUGAUAUAUCUUGACUUAUCCAGCAACAGUUUUCAAAAGUCCUUUCCUUGUAGUAUUUGUGACAUAGAAGGCCUUGUUUUUUCCAAUUUCUCUGGCAACAAAUUCAUUGACCUAGCCCCUGAUGUGUGCACUAAGGCUAGGAAAUGCAUACCAAGUGAGCCUGUUUUACCUCCCAGGGAAAACUAUCCAUCUGCACCAGUUCUAAGCCAUGCAUCUGUCUUGGGCAUUGCCUUGGGUGCAUCGAUCCUUUCUCUUGUGGUGCUAAUUGUAGUUCUCAGAUGGAGAAUGUUGAGACAAGAAGCUGUACUUGUUGACAGAGGUAAAGGUAAGCAAGGAAAGAAAACUGACCCCACAUCUACUGAUGAGCUUUUGAUUAAGAAGCCAAAGGAGCAUCUGAGUAUCAACAUUGCAACCUUUGAGCAGUCUUUGUUACGGAUUAACCCUACAGCUAUUCUCUCAGCCACUGAGAACUUCAGCAAGAGUUACAUCAUUGGUGAUGGUGGUUUUGGUACUGUAUACAAAGCCAAACUGCCUGAAGGUCAGAUCAUUGCUGUCAAGAGGCUGAACGGAGGCCACAUGCAUGGUGAUCGCGAGUUCUUUGCUGAAAUGGAAACAAUUGGGAAAGUAAAGCAUGAAAAUCUGGUGCCAUUGCUUGGUUAUUGUGUCUUUGCAGAUGAGAGGUUCUUGAUAUAUGAAUACAUGGAGAAUGGAAGCCUUGAUUUCUGGUUGAGAAAUCAAGCAGAUGCAGUAGAAGCACUUGACUGGCCAACUCGUUUCAAGAUUUGUCUAGGGUCAGCUGUCGGACUUUCCUUUCUACACCAUGGUUUUGUUCCACACAUCAUCCACAGAGACAUCAAGUCAAGCAACAUACUCCUAGACAAGAACUUUGAACCGCGAGUCUCUGACUUUGGCCUGGCUCGAAUAAUUAGUGCUUGUGAGAGCCAUGUUAGCACAAUCCUUGCUGGUACAUUCGGGUACAUACCUCCCGAGUAUGGACAAACCAUGACGGCCACAACAAAGGGUGACAUCUACAGCUUUGGAGUGGUGAUGUUGGAACUGGUAACAGGAAGGGCACCAACAGGACAGGCUGAUGUUGAAGGAGGCAAUCUUGUUGGCUGGGUGAGAUGGAUGGUUUCAAAUGGCAAGGAGAUUGAAACGUUGGAUCCAUUUAUUUCUGGUUCAGGAUUAUUGAAGGAUCAAAUGCUGCGCGUUCUUGCCAUUGCAAAGUUAUGCACCAGCGAUGAGCCAUGGAAGCGACCAUCAAUGCUUGAAGUGGUGAAACUGUUGAAGGAGGCAAAGAACAAUGGUGCUUGUGGAGUGUGAUUGAACAUCAAACACAUAAACAUGACUAGUUUAUUACAAGUCACAACAAAAGGUAAUGAAAGGAAGGUGUAAUAGGAUUAUAGUACUUCUCUUAUGUUAUGCAGCUAUCUGUAUUAUGAGUUUAUACAGGUCAGACAGAUGUA